GUCGAAAAGGGCCAAAGUAAAUACAUUGGAUGGUUUUCCCAUCUGAGCUGUCACAGCACUUUUACCGCGUGCACGUCCGCUGGCUAAGUAGUAGUACAGCGUGCGUUGCGUCGCGUCUUUAUUGAUCUCCCAAGCGAUAAAUCAUCUAGAGUCUAGACUGCGAUUACUCAUGUCUCUUCUUGCUCUCUUCAUCAAACCUUUGGCUUAUUUCUCUGUUCCUGUCAUCUUACUUCGAACAAUCGCCUCCACUUCUCCCGUUGGGCGUUAUUAUGCUCAACUCACUAUUUACCUUGGGACGCUCGCAGUAGUUUCGACAUGGGGGGUCUUUGUUGCAGUCGGAAUGACCUUGAUCGGUCGCAGGCACGACGUCAACUAUGUCGUUGCCCGGUCGUUCUAUGCCGUUGCUAGUCGUGUUUUGGAUAUUCAAGUAGAGGUUGAGGGCGAGGAGCAUCUGCAGACAUGCCCCAUGGUCAUGGUGGGCAACCACCAGAGUAUGCUUGAUAUUCUGUAUUUGGGAAGGAUGUUCCCUAGGAAAGCAUCUAUUAUGGCUAAGAAGGAGCUUCAAUGGUCGCCUCUGGGUCCCUGGAUGUUCAUGUCAGGUGCUGUGUUCGUAGAUCGUGGAAACAGUGCAAAGGCACACGGGUCGCUCGCAGCAGCUGGAGAUGAGAUGAAAUCAAAGGGCAUCUCGCUGAUGAUGUACCCUGAGGGCACACGGCACUGCCAGGAAGUACCGUCGUUACUGCCCUUCAAGAAGGGUGCUUUCCACGUCGCUGUCCAGGCUGGGAUACCCAUUAUACCCGUCGUUUGUGAGAAUUACUGGAGAAUUUAUCACAAGGGCGUCUUCGGGACAGGUACCAUCAGGGUCCGAGUUCUUCCUCCAAUUUCUACCGCGGGACUCUCUGUAUCGGACGUCCCUGAACUGACGACGCUAGUCCGAGAUCAGAUGCUGUCGACCUUACGUGAAAUUUCAGUCAAAGUCGCCUCCGAAGAAGACACGAAAGCUGCCGAACAACCAGGAAUGAAACCGGAUUCGCCACCUGCUGAAGAACCGGAUCCAACAUCAGCUACCGCUGCUGAGGUUGUGUCCGAUGAAGUUCCGGACGCGCCAAGCGAGGAUGACAGUGAGAUCCCGAGCGUUGGUAGUUCGUUGUCUCAGUCGUUGAGAAAGGAAGGUAGUGUCAGCGAGUAUGGCACGGAGACAGACGAUGAGGGGAUGGUAGUUGUCGGGAGACAGCAUCACUAGUUCAAUAAAUGAUAUUGGCUGAUGAAUAGGUAAUAUUGCUGGCUUCUGGAAUACCUCCAGUGCACGAUACCAUUCUUGACACCAUUACAUAUAGCUGUUCAUAAUGAUAGGAUUCCGGACCGACUCGCAUAUACCAAUUUAUUUCAUGGUUCAACCCCAUUUCCCCGCAU